GUCACGCCAGCUUCCUCCUCGGCAGCGCCUGAGGUCCCCCAUCGAUGGCCCUCGAGGGCAGGGGCCGAGCAAUGCAGCCGAGCGGAGAGGACAGGCCGGCCACGGGGGCCAGGAGCAGGGCUGGGCUUUAAAGGGCCGGAGUCCAGCAGAGGAGCCACGGCAGAUCCUCCGAGGCAUCUUCCUGCAACCAUGAGCUUCCUCGUCCGUCCUUGGGCCAAAAGGGACCUUCGGGACAUUGCGCGGCUGGUUAGGGAACUGGCGGCGUCUCACAACGCUCUUCACCAGGUGACCACCUCUCCGGAAACUCUCCAGCAAGACGGGCUUGGAAAAGACCCCAUCUUUGGGUACCUGGUGGCCGAGGUGCCCCCCACCCAAAAGAGCAAAGACGGUCACACAAUCGUUGGGUAUCAGUUCCACUAUCCAAAUUACUGCACCUGGUUUGGCCCGGUUCUCUUCGGCGAAGAUCUCUACGUGAUGCCCGAGUUCAGAGGGAGAGGCAUUGGCACCGCCUUGCUGAACGGAGCAGCCAAGGUUGCGCUGGAAAAAGGCUGUUCCGAGUUCCGGUUCAUCUCGGCCGAGAAACAUCAGCCGGCGACCGAGUUCUUCACCAAGAAAGGAGCCGUCAAUGUCACCGUCAGAGACGCCUGGCACGUCUUCCACAUUGAAGGGGACCACCUGGUGAAGCUGGUGGAGAAGGCAACCGCAAAGCCGGACCCCGUCUCCCUGCAGCUCUAGUCCCUCCCCCACCCCCGGAUUUCUUGCCCUGGCCCAUCUCCUCUCCCCCUGCCCGGUUCAGUUCCUCCCGGGUCAGCCAAAGUAAUUCCAAAGUGGUGACUCAGCACCCCUCUCCCCCUCCCCUGCACGGGUUGCUGGGGGGGGGUCUCUCUUGCUCCUUCCUCCCAGGUCAAAGUUUGGCGCCUUGACCUCCCCUCCCCAUCUCCUUUGAAAACAGGUCAGAAUAAAAGCGAGCGGAGGGGUGUUUUAAA